UCUCCUUCUUGCCCUGCUUCUUCUGUUUAAAUAUCUCUUCUUUCUCCAUUCCUUUUCCUCUCAAUUUCCUUACAAACACAGAGGAGAGAAAGAGAGAGAGAUAGUCUAAAUUCUUCUCUCAAUUUCCUUCUGGGUUUUGUUUGGUUUCAUUCUUAGAGCUCUCAAUAUAAACAAAUUAAAAACUGAAAAAAAAGAAAAGAAAAGAAAAGAAAGAACAAAGAGAGGAAGAAGAAGAAGAAGAAGAAGAAGAAGAAGAAGAAGAAGAAGAAGAGUUUUAAUUUCCAUGUCUUCUGAUCUGUUCAUUCAUGGCGAUUCUUCUUCUUCUUCUUCUCUGUUUCGUUGCUCCUCUUCCGAUUUGGUUUUCCCUUCUGAUGCAGAACUUCAAUUCUUCUCCGAUCAUUAUUCCCCAAAUUUCUCAGAUUCCGCCGUUGAUAUUCUUAAUUCCAUUCCUUCUCAAGAAAACCCACUCCCCGAUGGAUUCAAUUCAAAUUCCAUCGACCAUUUCAUUCCGAUGCAAGGCUUAUCCCUCUCUCAUCCCACCGAUUUCCAUCUCCUCUCUCAUCCUUCUUCUUCUUCCUCAAAUGGGUUUCAAAAUCUCUCCAAUUUCGAUGUCAAAAGCGAAGAAUCCCUUCUGGGUUUCAAUCAACCUCUCUGUUUCGACCCUCCUUCUGAAAAUGCAGCCACCGCCACCGCCACCGCCGUCGUCGAUAAAUCCUUACUCCUCCAUAGAAGCUUCAGUGAAAAACCCGGCUUCCAAUCCCGACUCGAAUCCCUUCUAAUGGAAUCUCCAAAUUUCCCCAAUAAUCACCACUCCCUCCCUUGCCCCGAAUCCGACUUUUUCUCCUCACAAAUCCGACGCGUCUUUAGCACCGGCGAUUUACAGAAUUCGGGGAUGGGGAGGAUGGAGAAUGGAAGCUCGUUAAUGGAGGAAGGGAAUUUCAAAGUGGGAAGAUACAGUGCAGAGGAGAGAAAAGAGAGGAUAUUGAAAUACAGAGCAAAAAGAACACAGAGAAAUUUCAACAAGACGAUAAAGUAUGCAUGUCGGAAAACGCUAGCCGACAACCGGCCGAGAAUACGUGGCAGAUUUGCACGCAAUGACGAGCCUGGAGAGAUUCCCAAAGCUGCAUGUUCAACCAGGGAAGAAGACGAAGAUGAUUUCUGGAUUGAAGGGUUGCAUGGAGGUGAAGAAGAAGGAACAAUGAGAGGAAAGCAAUUUGGUGAAGUGUACGGACGAAUGCAAUUUCAAUAUUGUGGUUUUGCUCUUGUUCCUAGGACAGAAUCAGUUAAUGUGAUUGGGACAAAGUGGAUAUUCAAGAACAAGUCUAAUGAAAAUGUCAAUAUCAAUAGAAAUAAAGUCAGAUUAUACCAAAUGGAUAUAAAGAGUGCUUUCCUAAAUGGAUAUAUGAAUGAGAAGUGUAUGUUGAGCAGCCCAAAGGAUUUGUUGAUCCUUCUCAUCCUGAUUUUGCGUAUAAACUCAAAAAAGGAACUGUAUGGGCUCAAACAGGCACUUAGAGCAUGGUAUGAACGUUUGACUCAAUUCCUUAUGAACAAUGGUUACAGUGGAGAAGGAGUUGAUAAGACUUUGUUUGUUGAAAAAUCUCAAGAGAAAUUUGUGAUUGUCUAG